AUGACUUCGCCUGUUAACUUGCCUGCAUGGAAAAAAUUGCAAGAGCUUUACGGUUCUUAUGGAAAGACAUAUUCUACCAAGGAGGCCUUCGCUAAGGACUCUGACAGAUUCAACAAGUUCUCUCACACUUUUGAAAACUACGAUGGAUCGAAAAUAUUGUUUGAUUUCUCUAAGAAUUUGAUCGAUGAGAAUAUUCUCUCGGCUUUAAUCGAGCUUGCUAGGGAAGCUAAGGUUGAGACCUUGAGAAACGACAUGUUUUCCGGUAAGCACAUUAAUACUACCGAGGACAGAGCCGUCUAUCACGUUGCUUUAAGAAACAGAUCUAUGAAACCAAUGUAUGUCGAUGGAGUCAAUGUUGCUCCAGAGGUCGAUGCUGUUUUGAAGCAUAUGAAAAAGUUCUCUGAGGAGGUUAGAUCCGGUAAUUGGAAGGGUUAUACCGGCAAAGAGAUCACUGAUGUUGUCAACAUUGGUAUUGGAGGUUCCGAUCUCGGUCCCGUCAUGGUCACCGAGGCCUUGAAACCUUAUGCUCAUCCAAGAAUCAAGGUGCAUUUCGUCUCUAAUGUUGAUGGUACGCAUAUUGCCGAAGCUUUGAAACAGUGCAACCCAGAAACUACUUUGUUCUUGAUUGCUUCUAAGACAUUUACCACCUUGGAAACUUGUGCAAAUGCUCAAACUGCCAAAAACUGGUUUUUGAAAACUGUUCAGAAUCCAAAGCAUAUUGCCAAGCACUUUGUUGCCCUUAGUACCAAUGCUACGGAGGUUCAAAAGUUCGGUAUCGACAUCAAGAAUAUGUUUGGUUUCGAGAGUUGGGUUGGAGGAAGAUACUCUGUCUGGUCUGCUAUUGGUUUGUCCAUUUGUUUGUACGUUGGUUUCGAAAACUUUGAUAAGUUCUUGAAGGGUGCCGAGGCUGUCGACAAGCACUUCGUCUCCACUCCAAUCGAAGAAAACAUUCCAUUCAUUGGAGCUUUGCUCACCAUAUGGUACAAUAACUUCUGCAAGGCCCAAACCAAGUUGGUUGCUCCAUUUGAUCAAUAUAUGAACAGAUUCCCGGCCUACUUGCAACAACUUUCUAUGGAGUCAAAUGGUAAGUCAGUUUCCAAAGACAACAAGUUUGUCAACUACGAAACGGGUGUUGUGUUGUUCGGUGAACCAGCCACAAAUGCUCAGCAUUCGUUUUUCCAAUUGGUGCAUCAGGGUACCAAGUUGAUACCAACUGACUUUAUUAUGGCUGCCAAGUCUCACAAUCCAAUUGAGAACAACAAGCACCAGAAGAUGUUGGCUGCUAAUUUCUUUGCUCAGGCCGAGUCUUUGAUGUUGGGUAAGACUUCCCAGCAGGUUGCUGCUGAGGGUACCGAUGAGAAUUUGAUUCCUCACAAAACUUUCUCUGGUAACAGACCAACCACCACUAUAUUGUGUCAGAAGAUCACACCAGCCACAUUGGGUUCAUUGAUCGCUUACUACGAGAUGAUGACCUUUGUUGAAGGAGCAAUCUGGGGUAUCAACUCUUUUGAUCAGUGGGGUGUUGAAUUGGGAAAGAAGUUGGCCAAGGUCAUUUUGGCUGAAUUGCAAGAUGAAAAGAAGGUUGAAAAUCAUGAUGCUUCCACCAGAAAUUUGAUCAACCAGUUCAAGAAGUGGGAAUGA